AUGGCUUCACUUAUCCCCGGGCUGCGUCGGGCAGCACCGCGUCUAUCCAAAGAUUUCUUCAUCUGCCACCAAUGUCUAAAAUACAGUCGUCCAAGACUUCAACUUCCUAUAAAAGCAAACCUCUCGCGAAAUAUACGAUUCAACAGCUCUACAACUGCUCUACCAGAACAUGGGUCUGCCUCUCAGUUGAGUAAUUCAAGCAAAUCAAUAUUAAAUCCCAAAGGACAGAAAACGAGCCAGAAGAUUGCCGCUGAAGGACAAGCAAAAGCCAAGGGAAAAAAGAGUUUCUUCCCCGAGACAUCUUCAAAGGCAGUCGCAUAUUGGCUUUUAGCAUCCGCGGGCAGUGUAUUCGGAAUUGUUGUCUUCGGUGGUUUGACAAGACUCACCGAAUCUGGACUCAGUAUAACAGAAUGGAAACCCGUAACCGGAUCCCUCCCCCCUCUCUCCCAAGCGGACUGGGACUCUGAAUUCAGCAAAUACCGGGCAUCCCCCGAAUUCGCGCUCCUAAACCCCCACAUGACGCUCUCGGAAUUCAAGCAAAUCUACUUCAUGGAAUGGGGGCACCGUCUGUGGGGGCGCUUCGUCGGACUCUCCUUCGUGCUCCCCGCCAUCUACUUCGUCGCCCGUCGCCGCGUCUCCAAGAACAUGAGUGUCCGCCUUCUGGGCAUCAGCGGAUUGAUAGCCUUCCAGGGGUUCCUAGGCUGGUACAUGGUAAAGAGCGGACUCAAGGAUGAUUUAUUCGCGCCUGGCUCGCACCCGCGCGUCUCCCAAUACCGGCUCACGGCGCACCUGGGCGCAGCCUUCGUCUGCUACACAGCGAUGUUCUGGAACGGACUCGCUAUCCUGCGCACCAACGCCCUGCUCCUUAACCCGCAACAAGCAGCACAAGACCUCGCGCGCCUGAACUCCCCCGCACUCUCACCAUUCCGCAAAAGCGUAGCCGGGCUUGCACUCCUCGUUUUCACAACUGCCAUGUCGGGCGGCCUGGUAGCAGGUCUAGAUGCAGGCAUGAUAUACAACGAGUUCCCCAAAAUGGGGCUAGGGCUCACGCCGCCGAAAUCCGAGCUUUUCAGCGCCUUCUACUCGCGCAAGGAAGACGGCAGCGACAUCUGGUGGCGCAACAUUUUAGAGAACCCGUCGACAGUGCAACUAGACCACCGGAUCCUGGCUACGACGACGUUCGCAGCCGUGGUAGGGCUGUGGGCAUACUCGCGCUUCAAUAGGCAGGUCAGGGCCGCGAUGCCGGUUGCGUGUAGCAAGGGCAUGUUGGGCGUUGUGCAUGUGGUGUGUUUGCAAGUUGCGCUGGGGAUCUCGACAUUAAUCUAUCUUGUGCCUACGGGUCUGGCGGCUGCGCAUCAGGCGGGGAGUUUGGCGCUGUUGACGCAGGUGCUGGUGCUUGGGUCGAGGACGUGGAUUCCGGCGCGCACGGCGGGGAUGGUUGCUAAGAGGGUGGCUGUGCAGGGGGUGAAGAAGAGGGAGGUGAAAAAUGUUAGCAAGGUGCAUAGCGCGCCCAAGAAUGUGUAG